AUGUUCAUGCUCAAGAGCCUCUUUGGCAAGAUCUGGGGCGACGCCAACAACCAAGAGCUCAUCCAGAUCCCCGCAGGCUCUCUCUACCUCGUUCGUCCCAACGGCCCUCAAGGCUCGCGCGAAUGCAUCUACGAAGACGCCGUCCUCGCCAUCCGCAGGACCACCUCCGAGUAUCACUACCAGCUCGUCGUCACCAAGGCAUUCCAGGAUUCGCAGCCGGAGCUCGUCGACCAGGAGGAGGACGACUUGGAGGACGAGCGCGCUUUCUUGAUUGACCAGGCACUCGACUUCCGCCUCUCGACGCGAGGCAAGGAGCGUACCAUUGUAUGGAGAGACUUUGACGGCGACGAAGACGACUUGCUCGAGUUUGUCAUCGACAACAAGCAGGUCAACGAGGUCACCAUCACCAUCUUCGAAAUCACAUUCCUGCAGUGCGUCUACGAGCACGCCUUCCGUACCAGCCACGAGCGGGCUACCGAGGAAGAUCUCGACCGAUUGAAAUACAAGGACGAGGCCGAUCAGAACCUCAAGCGCGAGCACAAGAAGGAGCUCGACAAAAAACUCGAGGAUGCGGGUAUCGGCUCGACUUCCGCAGUCAGGGAGGAAGAGAAGAAGCCGAAGUCCAAGGCCGAGGAGGAUCUCAAACCCGCACCCGCGGUACCUGCUACCAUUGCUCCCACCGCUGACACCGCAGGUCCCGCAAUCGAUGAUAAAUCUACGAUCUUCUCCACCACUGCGGAUCUGUACCUCUACGAUUUGAAGUCCCAGUACUUCCUCGUACAGGAGCGCAAGGUUGAUGUCAGAGUUCUCGAGGCCGGUCGCUACUUGUUCUGGCUCUCCAUCCGCGGUGCCGACAAGGUGUGGCUCGCGCAGAAGGUGGAGAGCGACAUGAACAUGAACUUUUCGCCCGAGCAGACCUCGGCGGUUUGGAACUACUUUACCGAUGACCGGCAGUGUUUCUCCUGGCUGCUCCGAUUCGAGGACAAAGACGCUUACUCUCACUUCCAAAAGGGCUUCUCCCAGGUCAUCUACGAGACGCAGAACGAGGAGCCUUGGGCCAAGGCAAAGAGCGACGACCGCGCCUACGCCGAGACUGCUUAUGAGCAGGGAGAGCCCAUGGAUGUGGAUGACAUUAGCGAGAGUGAGGAUGGAAAUGAGUCGGUUCGGACAGCUCGGGAGGAGGACGACGACGAUGACGCGGAGGAAGUCGCAGCCGCGCUACGAGGGGGCCAGGCCCGCCCAGAAGACUCUGCUUGGCCCGACGACAAUACUUCUCUCCUGGCGGGCCAGCAAGACGUCAACUCGCUGCUUGCCGUGGGCUACAAGUUCGACCGCUCCUUUGUGGCACGAGGUGACAAGAUCGGCGUCUUCCGUCACACGGACGACAACAGGCUCGAAUUCGAUACCACGAUCAACAACGUUGGCACUCCGAGCGGCAAGGGCUUCAAACCUUUGAAGAUGAUGCUACACAACCAAGAUGCCGAGAUGGUCUUGAUGGAUCCGUCCAACAAGAACGCCGUGUUCAAUAUGGACCUGGAAUACGGCAAGAUUGUCGACGAGUGGAAGGUGCACGACGAUGUGCAGGUCAACAACGUUGUCGCCAACUCAAAGUAUGCGCAGAUGACCGCCGAGAAGACCAUGAUCGGUCACAGUCACAAUGGUAUCUACCGUAUCGACCCUCGCCUUUCUGGCAACAAGCUCGUCGACUCCGAAUUCAAGCAAUACGCAUCCAAGAACGACUUCUCCGUGGCAGCCACCGACAGCAAGGGACGUCUCGCGGUGGCCUCCAACAAAGGUGACAUCCGACUCUUCGACUCGAUCGGCAAGAAUGCUAAAACAGCGCUGCCAGCGCUUGGAGAUCCAAUUCUGGGAAUCGACGUCUCCUCGGAUGGUCGUUGGAUCAUCGCAACUUGCAAGACUUAUUUGCUACUCAUCGACACGCUUAUCGGCAAUGGUCGCUUCGCGGGCCAACUUGGAUUCGACCGCUCCUUCCCUGCCGAUGCCAAGCCACAACCCAAGCGGCUUACGCUCAAGCCAUCGCACGUUGCCUUCAUGGGCUCGGCCAUCUCGUUCUCGCCUGCGCGCUUCAACACGGGCUCCGAUCAGGAGACCUCGAUCGUCACGAGUACCGGCGCAUACGUUGUCAGCUGGUCCUUCAAGGACGUCAAAAAGGGAAACCUCGGCUCGUACGUGCUGAAGCGAUACGGAGGUGAGGUCAUCUCGGACGAGCAUGCGUACGGUUCGGACCAGUCAAUCGUGGUCGCGUUCGAGCACGAUGUCCAGAUGGCAAAGAGGAGCCAGUUGCUGAAACCCACUCGUAAGUCGCUAGCGCCGUCAGGCUUUGGUCGCUGA